AAAAAAAAGGAUUUUACUUUAUAAAUCCAUCGAUCUAUUCUCGUUAAAAAAAUGAUAUUUUCCAAAACGUUCCAAACCAAAUCUUGCUCGCGAUACGUUCGAUCUCGUCACUAGGCCGAAAACCGAUUCAAAAAAAAAAAAAAAAAAGAAGAAGCCAUCCAUCCGUCCACUCGCGACACACCAGGACUAUCGUAAUAGGAAAAGAGGAAAGGUGGAAGUGGAGGAGAUAUACAGCAGGUAGGGGGAAAGACGGAAGAAAGAGGCUCGGUACAAUCGUCGACACGGUAAAUAUACGAGGCGCACGUGCAACUCUGCCAGUAAUCGAGCCACUACCGCCAAUCUCGGCUCUUUGGGGGCGGUUCUCCGGCAUACGGGGGUUGGGGUGUGCUGCACAGGGACUGGCUGGUUAGCGGCUGUCUGGAGGAGGAAAGGGCGGUAGGAACUGGUGGAAAAAAGAGGCGAUGCGACGGUGGUGAGGCGCGUGACGCUACCAGGAACCGACUCCCGGCGUUCAAAUCACGGGCAAUCGCGACACACGAUGGUCACCCCCUUAGAUUUCCGCGUUUAUCUGCAGAGGGAAAAAUAGAAUAUUCUCCUCUGGUUUCAUUUCGCGAAACACGUACGAAUGGUGAUUAUUCGUUACGGGUGAUUGGAAAAUUGAUUUAACACGUAAGGGUGAUUUUGAGAAAAGAGAGUCGUAUUACGCGUGAUCUUUUGACAUGUGUGACACGUGAUAAUCGAUUUUAUCAAAGGAUUAUGUAAACACGAAGUGACUAUUCGAAUUAUUUAAAUUUGUGAAUCAUUUGUACUAUAUUACAGUGCGUUUGUCGUAAGAUGCCUAGGAAGAAUCUUUCUCACUCUAUUUCAUCAGAAAGGAAAGAGAACGAUGAAGUUUCGUUCGUAUAACCUUCCAGUUCUGUUUGUUUACAAUUGAUGUUUUAAUGAGCCGUGAGAGUAUUCUAUUUCACUUUGUCUCGACCUUUACGUUACCUCAGCCUCAACCAACAAUGAUAUCAAGAAAAAUGGAACGAGAUACACUUUGCCUUGUCAUUUUCCAACGCUUCGUGAAUCGUGAUUUAUGUUAACAACAUUCCUCUUUGAAAUGAUAAAAUCGGACACCAAUAAUAAAAAUUAAUAAAUUGGAACGAUUCGAGUCUGGUUACGAUGUACAGUUUGUACAGAGCUUGGUUCGGCGAUACCGUUACAGCGGACAAUUACUCGCGACUUCAAGAAAGCUUAUCGCCACCCGACACAGUAGUGAGAGUCGGGAACGAAGGCGAGCAUCAGUUUGUCGCCCAUAAAGGUGUCUUAGCCGCUCACAGCGGUUACCUAAAAGCUUUGCUCACAAACGCGGCGACGACACCUAAUUCGGGCGUGAGCGCGAAUAUUAAUUCGAAUGUAACCGGAAACAAUUUAUCGGGACAGUCAACGAGGCAGCCAGUCACAUCUGUCUCGGUUUCAUCUAUUGGUGGAGAGGCGUUCGCGCCACUGCUCAACUACAUGUACACAGGCCGAUUGGAAGUGACGUUGGACAACGUAUACAGCGUCUUAUUGGCCACGCAUUUGUUGCAUAUGCCAGGGGCACUAGAGCAAUGCAGGGCAGCAUUGCUCAGGCUCAGGGCACCUCCGCCAUUGCCAACGCCGAUUCCAGUUCCGGCUGGACCGACAUCUACGUUGACGUCCACGCCACCCACCGGCAACAUACUCAGACCCAUACCGAGCAGAUUGAUGAUAGAUCCGACCAUGUGCUGGCCACCGACCGCUCCUCUGUACCCACCGAGUGCACCACCAUCCGCCAGUAUCGGUAUACCGCAUUUGUCCCAGCUACAACCGUCAGUCCUCAUGCAAUCCACCGUCCCGCUCGGCGUCUCCGCCGUUCCGUCCAGUGUACAACAAACGCACACUUCGACGGCUUAUAGGGAUGUGCCAUCUCCGAAAUCAUCGCUGUUCCAAAUUGAGCGAAAUCGCGGGCUAAGGAUGGAGUCGAGGCCAAAGUCGCCAGAGAAUGUGUCGUCGAGCACUCUUCCGUUCGUGGCAGCGGCAGCAGCCGCGUUCAACGCGUUCACUACGUCGAAUGCAGCCACGUCCACAAGGACAUCAUCUCCCUGCCAAUCGAUCUCUCCCACACCAUCGUCCAUCUCACGAUCAUCGAUGCCCCCGUGUCACAGCGGCAAGAAACCGAUCGACCAUCAACGGGAGACGAAGGAAGAAACCGACUACGAGCAUCCCGUCACCAACUCGACUAACAACAACCGAACGAACGAUGACCGAUCCUCGCCCCCUCUAACGCCUGUGGACGACUCGGCCGGUACUUGUAACAACAGAAACACAGAGCCACCAGUGUCGUCCGAGAACGACAGAGCAAGAUCGAGGCGAAGGGGCCGCGGCUCGAACGGAAACGAUAGUUCGUCGAACGUUUUGUCGGUGGUCUAUGACGUGGCGUGCUGCGACGGUCCGGUGAAGUUUCAUCGCGUAUUGAACGAGAAUUACUCGUCGUCCUCGUGUGGACCUAGCGCGAUGCCGCAAUCUCGUUUACAGAGGCCGUGUUUCGAGGAGAAUGACGGUUCCGGGGAGAACGACGAGAACGGCGGGCCGGGGGGGGGAGGCCCUUGCGACCCAAUCGAGGCUGGGAUGGAUACGAGCAACAAUGGCGGGAGUUAUACUUGCGGAUACUGCAGGCACACGUUCAAGUCGCAGUAUUGUUACAGGAAGCACACAAAGAGACAUUUGCUGCCGACCAGAGUGAACGAGUCGAUCGGCAACAGACAGAGACAGCAAGAUACCGGUGCUAGGAACAGGAGAGAAGUGAGACUGUUAGACUUGAACGUGCAAUAUUAUCCUUGCAAGAUUUGCGGAUGCAAGUUUCCAAGUUAUUAUUUCGUGCACAAACACAGAAAACUGUGCCACGCGAACACAGAAGAGAGGGCGCAGUCGGACGAGGCUAACAGUACGGUAACGGAGGAUCAGGAGUCGACUACUUCGACCACGAAUAACGAAAGACAGUGAGAGGAAGUUUGUGUAUGGUUUAGUUGAAGAAAGAGAAAGAGAUAAAUUUAACGGACGAAUUAAAUUGAACGGAAUUAUCAUGCAGAAGAUUAUUAAUAAGAUGUGUUCAGUUAUAUUGAACAAAAUGGAAAUGAAUGAAUAAAUAAAUAGAAGUGAACGAUAUUAUAAGAUGAUAACGUUUGUCUAAAAAAAUAAUUCUCUAGAUUCUUUGUGUUUUAUAGAAGUAAAUGGUAGAUGUAAUUUUAAAUAAAUAUAAUAAAAGAUAAUAAACGAUA